GUAGACUGGCACUAGUCAGGUCAAGUCGAUCAAGAUGGCGGCGAAGCUGGGAAGGCUUGCAGUGAAUAAUACGGCGUUUCUCCUGUGUGAUAUCCAGGAAAAAUUCCGACCGUCUAUCAGGUACUUUCCUGAGAUCAUCAAAGUUGCUCAAAGAAUGGCAGCAGCAGCCAAAAUUAUGGAAAUACCCAUCAUUGCUACAGAACAGUAUCCUAAAGGACUUGGCAACACAGUAGAGGAAAUUGAUACAAGUUUUUUCAAAGAGCGCAUAUUUCCUAAGACAAAGUUUUCCAUGGUGAUACCUGAAGUUGAAGAACAGCUGAGACAGCUAAAUAUUGAGAAUGUGGUAUUAAUGGGUAUUGAGACUCAAGUCUGCGUACUACAGACAACUAUGGAUUUGCUUGAAAAGAAUUAUACUGUUCAUGUUCUGGCUGAUGGUGUCUCAUCACGCACUAUGGUUGAAAGAAUGUUUGCCCUUGAGCGACUCCGUGAAAUGGGUGCUAUUGUAACUACUAGUGAAUGUACUCUCUUCAUGCUGUUGGGGGAUGCCAAACAUCCCAACUUUAGAGAGGUUCAAGCUUUAGUGAAGACAGCAGCCCCUGAUUCUGGUUUGCUGUCCAAGUGUUGAUGGAGGAACAAUGGGUGUACUGACUUCUCUAUCCAGAAGAGUCUUUUGGAGAAAGUUACUGCUGUGAUCAUUAGGCUAAUUCAAACAAUUUUAGGUAUCUUGUUCUAAAGAAAGAUUUCCCUCAGGGGGAUGUAGAUUUAUGCAAUACCACAUUCUGUUCCACAAGUUGUUCCCGAUUUGUCAUGGGGACUUCCUUUAAAACUGUGUACUAGUCUUAAAACCUGCAAGACUGGUAAUACAUUUUGAUCUUUAUCAUAAGUUCAAUGAGAGAAAUAUGUGAGCAAGCAUAGAAUGAAUAUAACAGUUUACAAAGAUUAGGCUACAAACAGUCCCUCCUAUUUGACAAGGUCCAUUUCACAAGUCAAAAAAAAUCAAUGAAUCGAUAUAUUUUUUCACUGAUUUUCCUUUGUGUCAUGUAUCAGACUUACAUAAACAUCAAUUAUUGUAUAGCCUAUACAAGGAUUUAUGAGUGGUAAUUUGAUUGUAUUCAAGUAUUCAAUAAAGAUCAGUGGGCCUUUUGA